CGUGUGUGUGCGUGAGUGUGCUCGGAUGGUGGACCGUUCCCGGCGAGAGGCACCGAACUCCGGCCGCAUGAAAAUGCCUCACCGCCGCGUGUAGACGCUAGCGAGGCGCGCUCAGGGGGGGGGGCCCGGUGGAGAGAGAGUCCAGAUCUCCGGGCAGCUUUUAGAGGAAAAAAAAAAAAAAAAAAGAAAAAAAUUAAGGCAGGAUGUUGCAAGUUUUAGCUUGCGGCGCCGUAGUUUUCCCCGGUCUGUUCUUCGCCUUCAGGAGGAUCCUGCCGUGUGUGUUCAGGCACUGGAGCGAUGCCGACGUGGUGCUGGUCAGCGAGAGACUGGUGUCCUCCAUCCAUGCCGUCAUGGCAACCACAGCUGGAGUCAUCAUUGUGUCGUCGUGCCGGGGCAACGUCAUUAAUGACAGGCACUGGCUGGCCACCUACUUUGUCAUCUGGUACGGUGUGCCCUACAUGACAUACGACAUCUUCGCCAUGUACCUCAGUCACUACUAUCGCUUCCGCGUCAAAGGGCACGAGGACUACAAGCAGCAUUCAUUGAGGACCGCGAACUCCUUCGUCCGCAGAGAGUUCCUGCUGGUGCUGCAUCACAUCGCCCUGCUCACCAUCCUGCUGCCUGUCACACUGUUCUUCAGAAAGGACCAGGGGGACUUCUUCAUUGGCUGCUUGUUCCUAACAGAGCUCAGCACUCCCUUUGUCUCACUGGGGAAGAUACUCAUCCAGCUCGGCCUCCAAGACUGCUGGCUACACAAGGCCAAUGGCGGUAUGGUACUGUUCACCUUCUUUAUGUGCCGCAUCGCCCUCUUCCCCUACAUGUACUGGACGUACGGCCGCCACUACAGCAUCCCGCUCUACAGCGUGCCCUUCUACCUGCCGCUGUCCGCCAACCUGGGUAACUCAUGCAUCCUGGCACCGCAGGUGUACUGGUUCGUCCUGCUUUGCCGAAAGGGCUACCGUCUGUACAAGCGUAGCCGUAGGCCCGACUCGUCUCCUGCGGCCGAUGUCACUGACAAUUCUAAGGAUGAUUGAUGUCCAGUUCACGAUUGCUCGCUCAAGCCGCGCACUCAGCUACUAACACAACUACUUCUGCAAAGGCACUAGUGACUUAACACAUUUCAAACCCUACCAUUGUACUGUAGUUCACCAGGACUGCCUGCUCUGUCCCACAACUCCUGGGCAUUUUCCGCACACUUUAAUUCCUCUGUUACAAAUCUGCUGCCUAUGUGGACCUCUCCACCGAUCUAAUUCUACUACUGAAGUUUGAUGAUUUUGGUGUUUUUGGAUUUGACUCUAGCCUGGAUCUUGCUACCCUGCAUCUGUCUACAUUUUCAACACUGAAGAAAGGUCAUGCUUGCUUCACUGAGAAUAAAACGUGGAGUAAAAGCACCAGAAACCGAAGAGGAGAUUCUAGACAUUAUCUUAUCUCUUAAUCCUACUGUGUUUACAGCCUCUGCUGAUUUGGAAGGUCUGUUACAGUGUGUGUGUAAGUGUGUGGCUGUUACAACAGGUUGUAUUUAUUUUUAUGGUUUUUCUGUAAUGUGUCUCAUAGUUGCAUUUCUUCUCCCAUCCAUUCACUAAUCGGACUGACAAGAAGGAUUAGGAAUAUUGCUGGGUGCAAAUUCAGGCAGUUUUAGCAGGAAAAAAAAUGUGAGUAGUACAUGUCAACUCAUCCACAUUUGAGAGCUAAAAACAGCUACAUUUGUUAAUACCCGUUAAUGUGAUGUAAUGUUAAGUGCUGACUUUUCCGCCCUGUUCAUUUUGUUUGUAGUUACCCAUACAGCAUGCCACCGUGGCAUCAGUGUGCAAAGCUGCAGCAACAAUCCCACAUUCCUCACUGUAACAUCCAGCACAGAUUUAUGGUCCUGGUUCCUUUAUGUCCAGUAGCCAUCCCCUUCCCUUCAGCAGGGGAGCUAGCUCUGUAUGUGUAGUGUAUCCCUAUGAAUUAAUGCUGCGCCCGUGUCCAUUCAAGGUUUAACUUUUUUCAGGAAUUCAGUUUUGGCAGUGUCCUCCGGUGUCGCAGCUGGAGAAUGGUGGCACCAACAAGAGAUUGUCUUUGGUGAGGGACCCAUUCCUCAUUUUCAUAAAAUUAAGUCGUUUUUCAAGAAGUUCUUGGCGUAAAACACAUCCAUGCUGGCCACUGAGCUGUCUCCCUCAAGACCUCAAAGGAAACAACUUGAGAGAAAUACAGACCAGGCACCACAUAACUCGUCGAUAGGAUAAGAUAUGGCCCUCUGUUACCAAAUAUCGUGUAUUUAUACCAACCUACAACCGAGUACAAGGAUUGGUGAAGUUCAGCUUUUGAAUCUCUGCUGCGUUAUACUGUAUCGUGUGUGUAUAUGAGGGUUUUUACCCAGUUCUGCUGAGCAGAAGAGUCUUGAUACUGAGAGAUUCUUUUUUUGAAUCCGCAGUCUUUGUCUAGAUGACACGGGAGCAUUGCAGCUGCCAUAGGAACGCUGCUAUGCUGACAGCCAGAGUCAACGUAGGGCAGCCUGGGACGGUCACUUCCAGUCAAAUGUCACGGCUAUUGAAGAUUUGUUUUCUCCCAUGAAAAGUCAGUCAGAUCUGCCUGUCGGACCACGGCGGGGGCGGAUGGGGACAUGGCAAUGUCAAAUGUGGGAUGAGGUCGGGGGCCAAGGCCAGAGCAAUAAGGCGAGCAGUGGCCCGAGGGCAAUUUGAUUUAACACAUGGGGGACUGAAAUUUCUGAGCGGUUAGCCACAAAAAAAAUCGAGGUUAUCAGGAGUGAUUGUUUCUGAAACUGAUCUGGAACAAGGCGACAUCGAUUAACUGUCCAGAGAUUUAUAUGCACUCGUGUAUCAGGUGUUGCAUUUAGCACUUCACACAGGGCUGUAUAUACUCAACGUUUUUUAGAUAUUUCCAUCAUGAUUUAAUGCCAUCACAAAAAAUACUUUUAGAACUUAAACCUAUAUCUAGAUAUCGUAACUAGACCCGAGAGGAUCAUUUUUUAUCAUGCAAAGCUAUUUUUUUGUUGGAUUCACAGUUGCAUAAAGACAUUCAUCAUAAAGGAAUUCACUUUUGAUCUUUUCAUCUUGAGAAUAUUAUUUCUUCAAAUUAUGUAAUAAAUAGAAGAUAUUAUUUUCAAAAGAAUUCUGCAGGGUUUGUUUCUUACACAAUCAAGACCCUAGGAGUUAAUUUAACUCCUUGGAUAAUAUUCUCGGUCAUUCAAGCUUUAUACUGAACCAACUGAGUAAGAAUGCCUUAAUGGCCAUGUUUUUUAUGUCCAGCCAAUGCCAUCUAUGCAAACGAGGCUGCAAUGCAUCUAUACAACACUAAUGUCAAGCCAUAUCAAAUUGAUUCACGCCUCAGUAUGUUACUGUAUGUUCUUUUUAAAUUUUUUUUGACCCUCCCUUUAUUUUCACUAUAGAUUUAUACCGGGACUCCACACCACAAAUGUUGCAUUGCAUGGAACAAUUUUUUUUUUUUUUGCCUGUCUUUCAAAUUUACCUCACCUGUGCUUUUAUUAAUUCAAGUUCAUGUCAUACUGAAAAAUGAGAAGUAUAUAUUGAUGAUGAUUAUCAGUUUUUGUAGUUUACGCCGACACCUUUACAACUUCAGCUCAGUUGACAAAUCGGAAGUAGUUUUGCUGUUUGGAUGCUGACUUUGGUAGGGCUGUCACUUUUUCAAAAAAUUAAGAUUGGGCGCAGCUAACAUUUAAAAUCGUUUUGAAUCCGUUUUAGCGCAACCCUCCAAGACCAGUCCUACACGUCACCCUAGAACUGACGUGGCGUUAAAACGACCCAAUGUAACUUUUGCUGAACAGCGGCCAGUCUGAGUUUAAAAAACAAAACAAUUGUGGGCUCACUGUGAAUGCUAAAACAGUGUCACAGUAGUAGUAGUAGUAGAGAGAGGUCAUAAAGUUAGCAGCUAACAGGUGACGCCAUAAACUACUGGUCAUACCAGACCAAGUAAGGCUGUAGAAGCAAAUACUGAGACCGUGUUGAAUUGAGCGAGGAUGCGGUUUUUAUUGCUUAUGAAUUCAGCUCUUCAUUUGUAUGAGGAAGCUUGUGUUGUUUCUUCUUUCCUAAGUUACUUAGUUUUGCUUCAACCAGGACAAAAACUGCUGAUGAGGUCAAAGUGACAGUUUUAGGAGCACCCCUGAUGAUGGCCUGUUGACCUUACUUUUUAUUCUGUGAAUUUCAGAUUCUGACAGAUCAUUACAGAUUAAAU